AUGGCUCACAAGACAGUGUAUAGCCGGCGUUGGAACUUCAAAGUUACAGAGGCCACUCGAGAAACAAUUUGCAGAAUCCUUGCAUGGGACCUGAAGCAGUUGGAAAUUGGUGAAUGGGCCUUUGUGGACCAUGAUGGCAAGUUCCAUUCUGUGGACUCUGAACGCGACAAACUGGCAGGGACACGUAUGCCAUUGCGUGGAGCCUUCUGUUACUGGAAGGGCGACAUGGAAGCGCACAUGUAUUCGCACUUCCUGGAGAAAACUGGCAGAUAUUUCAAAUGCAACUCACGCUGCGAUUGGUGCCUGGCCACUUCGGACAAAAGGAGCCCUGAAUUGUCUUGGGGAGACCUUACUCUGAGAGCGUUGUGGCGUUGGACAUUGACAAUGGAAGAUUCGCCUUCUGAUCCUAGCCCUUGGAAAGUUGUGCCCAGGUUUGAGAAGAGCAAACGGCUCCUCGACUUGAUGCACAUAGUGCAUCUGGGGACUCUUCGCGACAUUGUUGCAUCAGUCUUGAUCGACUCCCUUCAAGACGGUUCGAUGGGGCUCUUUUACGGUCUACAAGACCACAAUGACAUAUUGAGGUUAUUCAGCAAACACGCGGAAGCAUGGGCGCGAAGCCACGGUAUGGCGCUCUACAUGGGCAAGCUGACGAAAGCUCGCUUGGGCCGACCAUCUUAUGAUCACUGGCCGUAUCCAAUUCUCGACUCCAGAGUCAAGGCUGCCAAAGCAAGAACGCUAUUGGGUUUUUGUACACACAUUAUGUGUCUUUUGGCGUGCAAUGCGCCGGUGCAGUUGCAACGACAUGCGCAGUUGAGAGCAACAAUGUGCUGGACCUUGGAUGUGGCAUUAAGCACGUUCAACUUGAACAAAUGCGUGAUCAUGUCAGCGCCGUGCGUUGCAGAAGUCACUUGGCUGCUCCGUCUUCACCUCGCGUGUUACCAGCGACUCUCUUGCGAGAGUUUGCAAAAAAUGAAGUGA